CGUGCAGGAAUUCAUGACGUUCACGAGCCAGCUGAUCGUGGAGCGCUCGGCGCUGGGAAGCAGAGCCUCCGUCAAGGAGCAGGAGUACCUGUGCCACGUGUACGUGCGGAGCGACGGGCUGGCCGGGGUGCUCAUCGCCGACACGGAGUAUCCGCCGCGCGUCUGCUUCACCUUGCUGGACAAGGUGCUGGACGAGUUCUCCAGGCAGGUCAGCAAAAUGGACUGGCCCUCGGGAUCGCCGGCGACCGUGGGCUACGCGGCCUUGGACGGCUACCUCAGCACAUACCAG